CAACCCCCAAAAUUUAUAUUUUUCAUUUUUAAUUUUUUUUUUCAAAACCCAGAAUUAUACAAGAACAACAUCACCACCAAACUAUACUAUAAAUUUUAUUAUAAACAUAUAAAUAAUAGACAGUGCGGCACUACCUGCCGCCGGUGGAACCCAUUAGCAGAAGAUUCUCAUUCUCUUCCUUAUAUUUCAAAUCAAAAUAUUGCUUUAAAUAAAUCCCAUUUCUUUUUUUUUUCUCUUUUUUAAGUUUAAAAAGAAAAAAAAGACAUUUUUUUAAAAAUUGUUGUGUGUGUGUGUGUGUGAGAAGUGUGAGCUUCUCUUCUAUAAUGGAAGUUUCACUAUGGAGCUGAAAAGGACGGUUUAGUUGCUGAGAUUGGUUGGCUAAAGCUUGGCAUGGCAUGGCAGAAAAAUUAAGUCACAUAAUUCUAAAUGACUCAUCAUCAUAAUAAGUAAGUACAGACGGAAGAGGAAGAUCAUAAUGCUGUGCAGAAAAUCUUGCAACAAUGCGGAUAAUGGAUCUGUACCAGUGUACCUUAAUGUUUAUGAUCUGACACCCAUUAACGGCUAUGCCUACUGGCUUGGUCUUGGAGUUUACCAUUCUGGGGUACAAGUUCAUGGUGUUGAGUAUGCUUUUGGAGCUCAUGAGUAUGCCAGUACUGGGAUUUUUGAAGGAGAGCCUAAAAAAUGUGAGGGAUUUACAUUCAGAAAGACAAUUUUGAUAGGCAAAACAGAUAUGGGACCUUCUGAAGUGAGAACAGUCAUGGAGGAACUAGCAGAAGUCUACAAAGGAAAUGCCUAUAAUUUGAUAACCAAAAACUGCAACCAUUUUUGUAAUGAUGCUUGUAUUAGAUUGACUAGAAAUGCAAUCCCAAGUUGGGUUAAUCGACUUGCCAGAAUCGGGUUUAUGUGCAACUGUGUUCUUCCUGUGACUUUAAACUCAACAAAAGUUCGGCAUCAUAGAAUUGAAGAGAAUAAUAAACCACCUAUUGAAGGAGGAGGAGAGAAGAAGAAGAAGCUAAUUGUUGAGUCAAAUGUGUUGACUUCUUCUUCCAAUUCUUCAUCAUCUCCCUCAUCUUCACCUUCUGACACCAAAAUGCGCAGAGGAAGAAGCAGAACCAGACGCCCUCGUCCUCCACCUUCUCCUUUGAUUGUCACUUCAGCAUCUUGAUGGUUCAAAUUUGAAGCUCAUAGAGAAAAAGGAAACCCCAAAAAAAAAAAAAUCAAAAUGAAGUAUUUUUUGUCUUUUAUUUUAAUUCUAUAUCUAUAUCUUCUGGUGGUCAUAUAAUGCUAACAUCACCUUAGCAAAAGCAUGCAGCACAUAUCUGUAAAUGGGUAUGCUUUCAUUUUUUGGCAAGUGAUGAUAUGUUUCUGCAAAA